CCAAAGACACAAACAGGAUGCAGACACAAAUAGUGACGUUUGGCUUGGGUGGAUCCAUGGUACCUUCAGCGCAGCCAUGGAGACUCAGGCCACGCAACUGGGAACAGAAGGGAGAUUCCCAGCUUUCCCUGCAAGGCAGCUUUCCUUAUGCAGAGUACAAAAGCUUUACUGUACAAUAAAUGACAAAGCGUCUGUGUGGGACAGACUGGUGCUGAGCUGUACAACUGUGGAUUCACACUCUGAAAACCUGCAGCUGUGUGUAUAAACUUCUGUGAGCUCUACCCGUAAACCUGCAGUGAGGGAUCACAGCGAGGGAUCGUGGCCCCUCCGAGACCCCUUGGGCUGCGACAAGAGCCUGCUGACGGCAACGAAGACAAUGAAUGACUGGGCCCCCAUAGCAAAGGAGUAUGACCCCCUCAAAGCAGGGAGCAUCGAUGGCACGGAUGAAGAGCCCCAUGACCGUGCCAUAUGGAGGGCUAUGCUGGCACGUUAUGUACCCAACAAGGGAGUUACGGGAGAUCCUCACCUCACCCUGUUUGUAGCAAGGCUCAAUCUUCAGACAACAGAAGAGAAGUUAAAGGAGGUCUUUUCCCGGUAUGGAGACAUCAGAAAGAUCCGUCUGGUUCGAGAUUUGGUCACAGGAUUUUCCAAGGGUUAUGCGUUUAUUGAGUACAAAGAGGAACGUGCUCUGUUGAAGGCCCACAGAGAUGCCAACAGGCUCGUUAUCGAUCAACACGAGAUCUUUGUGGACUUUGAACUGGAAAGAACUCUCAAAGGAUGGAUUCCUCGGAGGCUUGGAGGUGGGUUUGGAGGCAAAAAAGAAUCCGGACAGCUACGGUUCGGAGGACGGGACAGACCUUUCCGAAAGCCCAUCAAUUUGCCAAAUGUGAAAAAUGAUUUCUAUGGAGAAGGCUCAGCAGAGAAAAGAAAUUGGUCUCGAGAGGGAACAAGGGACUGGAGAACAAGGGACCGAGACCAUGAAAGGAGCAGAGAAAAGAGAUGGCCAGAAAGGGAGCGGUCGUGGGCUUGGGGUGAAAGUGAGAGAGAUAGGGACUCCAAAGAGGAGAGGAGCAGAGGAAGAGACAGGAAGGACAGAGACAGGAAAGACCGAGAGAGAGACCGAAGCAGAGAGAGAGAUACCAAGAAGCAAAGAGAUGAUGAUAAGCAUCGAUAGCUGACAGCACCACGUCUUACGGGAACAAUGGGGGUAUGGUGACUACUUUUAUCAUCCCCUAGAAUAGUGUGAGCCAAGUCCUACUGCCCUUACUGCUGGCUGGGACCUGCCUCUGCUAUCCUGGUAAAUGAACUGGCAUGGAGGAGGUGAUGCGGCAGGUUCUGGUCUCCGCAGCCUCUGGAUAAAGCUGCUGCACCUUCUGGAGGACACGGACAUGAUUCAGUUGCAGGUGUCACCGUCAGCUUGGGGCUGUGCGCUGCGUUCCCUGAACCAGCAGUGGUCGUGUUACUGGCUUAUGCCUAUGACUUUCACCUGCUAGCAGCUCUCUGUAAUUUGGUUCCUAGUGCAGUUAAGACACCUUUUGUUGAAUUGUUCUUCAGAGAAAUUAAACUUUCCUAUUAAUAAUUUGA